GGAAUUGCUACAUGCAGGAUUACCUGGGGAAAAAACCAGAGGCUCACUUGGUCCCUUCCAGUAAUUGAAAGGACUGAGCGUCAGGAAGGGGGAGGAGAGAGCUUCCCUCCAUAAAUGGUCCCACCCCUGGGCAAGGUGGCUCACUUUGGCAGGUAGCAACGGGGGAGUGUGCACCUGCCACCAGUCGAGCUCAGCCAGACUGUGAGAAGAGGCGAGGCGGAGCAAGCCAAGGGAGUGAGUGAACCAUGGACAGAUUGAAGUGCCCGAGCUUCUUCAAGUGCAGAGAGAAGGAGAAAGUGACAGCUUCAUCUGAGAACUUCCAUGUUGGUGAAAAUGAUGAAAAUACAGACCGUGGUAACUGGUCCAAAAAAUCGGAUUAUCUUCUGUCUAUGGUUGGAUAUGCAGUGGGAUUGGGAAAUGUGUGGCGAUUCCCAUAUCUGACUUACAUCAAUGGUGGAGGUGCUUUCUUGAUACCGUAUACAAUUAUGCUAGCAUUGGCUGGUUUACCUUUGUUCUUUCUGGAAUGUUCACUAGGACAAUUUGCUAGCUUAGGUCCAGUUUCAGUUUGGAGGAUUCUGCCAUUGUUUCAAGGUGUGGGAAUCACAAUGGUCUUGAUAUCCAUUUUUGUGACAAUCUAUUACAAUGUCAUAAUCGCCUACAGUCUUUACUACUUGUUUGCUUCUUUUCAAAGUGUACUACCAUGGGCCAAUUGUUCUUCUUGGGCAGACGAUAACUGUAGCAGAUCACCAAUAGUAACAGGCUGUAAUGUGAGUACAAUGACAGGAGACAUGUUUAUGAAUAUAAGCUGGGUAACUAUCAACAACCUGACCUGCUUGAAUGGUAGUGAAGUUUUUCAGCCAGGACAACUUCCCAGUGAACAGUAUUGGGACAAAGUGGCUCUUCAGCGGUCAAGUGGAAUGGAAGAAACUGGAGUAAUUGUGUGGUAUUUAGCACUUUGUCUUCUUCUAGCUUGGCUCAUAGUUGGAGCAGCAUUGUUUAAAGGAAUCAAGUCCUCUGGUAAAGUGGUAUAUUUUACAGCUCUUUUCCCAUAUGUGGUUCUCCUAAUUCUGUUAAUACGAGGUGCAACUUUGGAGGGUGCAUCAAAAGGCAUUUCAUAUUACAUUGGAGCACAGUCAAAUUUUACAAAACUCAGAGAAGCUGAGGUUUGGAAAGAUGCUGCUACCCAGAUAUUUUAUUCCCUUUCUGUCGCUUGGGGUGGCCUAGUCGCUUUAUCAUCUUACAACAAGUUUAACAACAACUGUUACUCUGAUGCCAUUGUAGUUUGCUUGACAAACUGCCUCACUAGUGUGUUUGCUGGGUUUGCGAUUUUUUCUAUAUUGGGGCACAUGGCUCAUAUAUCUGGAAAGGAAGUCUCUCAAGUUGUGAAAUCAGGAUUUGAUUUGGCAUUCAUUGCCUAUCCAGAAGCUCUAGCCCAACUCCCAGCUGGUCCAUUUUGGUCCAUAUUAUUUUUUUUCAUGCUUUUAACACUGGGUCUGGAUUCUCAAUUUGCUUCUAUUGAAACAAUUACAACAACAAUUCAAGAUUUGUUUCCCAAAGCAAUGAAACGCAUGAGAGCUCCUAUAACGUUGGGCUGCUGCUUGGUUCUGUUUCUCCUUGGUCUCGUCUGUGUGACUCAGGCUGGAAUUUACUGGGUUCAUUUGAUUGAUCACUUCUGUGCUGGAUGGGGCAUUUUGAUUGCAGCUAUCUUGGAAAUUUUAGGAAUCAUCUGGAUUUAUGGAGGGAAUAGAUUCAUUGAAGACAUAGAAAUGAUGAUUGGAGCAAAGAGAUGGAUAUUCUGGCUCUGGUGGAGAGCUUGCUGGUUUGUCAUCACGCCUAUCCUGCUAUCUGCCAUUCUAGUCUGGUCACUGGUGAAAUUUCACAGACCUGAUUAUGGUGAUAUUCCAUAUCCUGACUGGGGAGUUGCCCUAGGCUGGUGUAUGAUUAUUUUCUGCAUAAUUUGGAUACCAAUUAUGGCAAUCAUAAAAAUAAUCCAGGCUGAAGGAAAUAUUAUUCAGCGUAUUAUAAGCUGCUGUAGACCAGCUUCUAACUGGGGCCCAUACCUGGAAAAACAUCGUGGGGAGAGAUAUAAAGACAUGACUGAACCUUCAAAGGAGACUGACCACGAAAUCCCUACUAUUAGUGGCAGUAGAAAACCAGAAUAAGAUGCCCCUUUUGAGAAAUAUAUGAUUGUUAUAUAAUGUGAUGAUAUCCAGGGGAAAUGUUUUAAUUUAUUUGUGCAUCAAUCAAACAGAGAAAUGUACAUGCCAUGCUCAGUACAGAGUUAUAAGUACUUUUUUCACCUAAUCAAGAAUGAAAUAUAAAAUGUGAAUCUAUGAAUGUUGACUAAUGUGUUUGUUUCACUUUAGGAUUGCGUAUUUGUUAACACAUAUACCCAGGUCUAUUUUAUAAUGACAUUUUGUAAACCCAGUUGUUUUAUAAUGACAUUUUGUAAAUACUUUUGUAAUAUUCCUUCCUUCCUUCCUUCCUUCCUUCCUUCCUUCCUUCCUUCCUUCCUUCCUUCCUUUCUUUCUUUCUUUCUUUCUUUCUUUCUUUCUUUCUUUCUGUAUCCUGAAGGUUUCCUGUGAGAUGAUUACUUAGAAAGUAGUCACACUUUGUAUUUGGUGAUUUUAAAGACAUUAUUUGUUUCUGCAGUCUUAAUAUGCACUUUUAUUAUUCAUAGAAUGGGGAAAACAAUAAGUCAGUGUAGUUAAAAGCAAGUGUUACACAAAGUCAUCUCACGUACAAGUCACAGAUGGGGCCUGGAGAGAUCGCUCAGUGAUUAAGAGCAAUGGCUAUGGCAGAGGACGUAGGUUCAAAUCUCAGCAUCUACAUGAUGACUAAUACUGUCUGUAACUUCAGUCCCAGGAGAUCCAAUGUUUUCUUCUGACUUCUUUGACUUUGCACGCAUAUGGUGUGCAUACAUGCAGGCAAAACACCCACACACAAAGAUACAAGCGAAUAAAUCUCUUUUAAAAGGAAUGUUACAAGUAUGUAGGGAGAGAACUAUAUAUGAUACGGACUGUUUAAUACCUAUAAUCCAAAUAUGUCUAAACAUGUCAUCCAUUUAUUAUGGUUCACAUUAUCUAUGUAAACUUUGAAGUUAUUCUUAGAGUGAAACUAGACAAAAAUGAGGAACAGGUGGUCAGAAAAGGAUAAGUCUAGAAAAUGCAAUAUUGAAGUUUUGAGUAUAUCUUACUAUUCAUAGUAUCUUUCUUCUUCAGGUUGUAUUUGGAAUAAAACCAUAAUUCAUUUAAUUUAUUUCUUUAUGUUUUAUUUUUUAUUCAUUUCACAUACCAACCACAGAUCCCCCUCCUUCCCCUCCUUCCCCUCCUUCCCCUCCCCUACCCACGACCACUCUGAUCCACUCCACAGAAAGGGUAAGGCUUCCCAUGAAGAGUCAACAAAGCCUGGCACAUUCAGUUGAGGCAGGACCAAGUCUCUCCUUCCCCUGCUUCAAGGCUGAGCAAGGCAUCUCACUACAGGGAAUGGACUUCAAAAAGCCAGCUCAUGGCUCAUAAUAAUGUAAUAAGUAGUUCAUUACAUUCUCUAAAUUCUAGAUUUAACUGCAGAUAGAAUUUGCAUUAAAUUGUUACUGAUCUGGCAUUUUUAUAAUGAUAUAUAUCUAAUAAAUGAAGGGCAAUAAUCUUGUCUUUUAUGUUUUUGUCUUAGAGUAAUAACGUUUUCAUAUAUUAAUUGAUGCUAAUUGUUAUCUAGUUGUCAUAAUAAAAUUUUAA